AUGGAGCCCUUGUGGUAUUCCCAACCAGGGUUCUCAAACACGGUGAACUUAAAUGGGAAAACAAAUACUAUUGAUUAUGUAGAUAAACUUAUUCCUAUCACUAGAAUCAUGUCUUCUUGGGUUAAGGAUAAUAUAGGUAACAUUUUCAAAAAAAGGAAACAUCUGUCUGCUAGGCUAAAUGGUAUUCAUAAUGCUUUAGAAACUAGACCAACAUGUAUGCAUCUUCUUGAUUUAAAUGGGGAGUUAUCUUCAGAGAUAAAUCUUAUUUUUCAACAAGAAGAGGCCUUCUGGAUGACCAGAGCAAGAACCAACUGGAUUAAAUGUGGUGAACAAAACACUACCUACUUCCAUAGGUCAGUGACAAUCAGGAGAAAAAGGAACAAGAUCACUACCUUAAAUUCUGAGGUUGGCCAGGUCAUUGAGGGUGAUGACCUUGUUCCCCAUAUUAUGCAGUACUUCUCAACUUUGUUCACCUCAGAGUCUACCAUGCCCACUUGUGACAACCAUCACUAUCUGAACACCAUAGCCAUUGACCAUCCUGCCACAGUGGAAGAAGUGGGAAGGGAAGUCUUUGAGCUAGGCCCAUUUAAAUCCCCUGGGAUAGAUGGCUUUCAUGCCCACUUUUAUCAGCAGCACUGA